UGUAAUCCUGGAUGGGAUUUGAUCGUAGUUUCCACUCUAGAGGCAAUUGGAUAUGUAUGUAUGAGGUGAGAUCCCGCUUGCGCCAAGUUAGUUUUCCUUUCUCUUUGUUAUAAAUCACCAAGGCUCCCUCAAAGAAAGUGAAUAGUGCCAUUGUCAGCAUUUCUACUCCCUCCAAACCUAUUCUCUUAUUUCUCCAUACGUCACUGGUCAUGGCUCCAUCAGCAAUCACCCCGCCAGUCUUAACUCCUAUUUCCUUGACCUUCCCCACGUCUGAGCAUACGAAUGGUGCUGUACAGGACUUGCCAAACUUCCACGGCUACGAUCACAUCACCUGGUACGUUGGAAAUGCAAAACAAGCGGCAUCGUAUUAUACUACUCGUCUCGGCUUCUCCACGAUUGCAUACAGGGGCCUCGAGACUGGAAGUCGACAUACUGCCUCCUACGUCGUUGCGAAUGGCGAUAUCAGAUUCGUUCUUACCUCACCCAUCAAAUCACAUACCGGCCUCGAAGAACAUGACCCAAUAUCGCCCGAAGACCGAAAGCUACUGAAAGAGAUACACGAAUAUCUCGAGAAGCAUGGCGAUGCCGUGAAGGACGUUGCUUUCGAAGUGGACAAUGUGGAAGGAGUAUACAGGCAAGCUGUUGAGCAAGGUGCUGUCUCCGUCGAGUCUACUCGCAGAAGGUCAGACGAGGACGGAUCCGUCACCACCGCAGUCAUCCGAACAUACGGAGACACAACUCACACUUUGAUAUCCCGCGACUCAUAUCACGGUGUCUUCCUCCCAGGUUACAAGUCUAUCCCUGGCUCCAAGCUCGAUCCCCUCCAACGGCUUCUGCCCUUGAUCACACUCGAAGCCAUUGAUCAUUGUGUUGGAAAUCAGGAUUGGGGACAAAUGGAAGCUGCUUGCGAGUAUUACGAGAGAUGUCUUUCCUUUCACCGUUUCUGGUCUGUCGAUGAUUCUCAGAUAUCAACCGAAUUCUCUGCCCUGAACUCGAUUGUCAUGGCAUCUCCAAACAACGUCGUCAAGAUGCCUAUCAACGAGCCCGCACCCGGAAAGAAGAAGAGCCAAAUUGAAGAAUACGUUGAUUUUUAUGAGGGUGCUGGUGUCCAGCACAUUGCGCUCCGAACAAACAACAUUAUUGCCGCUGUUACAAACAUGCGAGCUCGAGGCGUUGAGUUCAUCAACGUCCCAGAAACAUACUACACCACCAUGCGCCACAGAUUGAAGACGGACAAGAGAAAUUGGAAAUUGCAAGAAGAUUUUGAUGUCAUUCAGAAAUUAAACAUCCUCAUCGACUUCGAUGAAGGUGGUUAUCUCUUGCAGUUAUUCACCAAGCCUCUGAUGGAUCGUCCCACAGUUUUCAUUGAGAUCAUUCAAAGGAACGACUUUGAUGGCUUUGGAGCUGGAAAUUUCAAAAGUUUGUUUGAGGCUAUUGAGAGGGAGCAGGCAGAGAGAGGUAAUUUGUGAAGCUUUUGGAGGAUUGGAUACCGUGACUUCACUCGGCACUUUUAGCAUAGCGUUUAGCCUUUCUGUAAGAAAAUGAAUGGAAGCAUACUUUUUAAAAGCUCCCUUUCCUCG